UUCUCCGCUACGCUCGUGAAAGGGUCUCUCGUACACCUCCUGUCGUCGACUCCGUUUCCUCCAUGCUCACCAUUCUCCAAACCACGUUAUUAUACUCCAAUACGUUUGGAUGUUAUCUACGGCACGCCCAGCUCCGCAGCAGUGAACAGUGAUGAACUGAAUCUCGCUCUCGCUCACUAUGCCACUCGCAACUUGACUUCGUGCGAAGCUCACCCGAAACGGGCAUAUGUCGGAGAGGUGUUCCCUCCUGGCUUGCUCUUGUUUGAUCGGUUGUAGCUUACGGAGACUGGGGAUGGCGAGUAAGUUGUAGUUGACAAGGUGUUAAGAAUGUGGAAAUGGUGACAAGAUGGGGGAGUAGAGUACAUGCCAUACAUAGUAGAAUGGCGAUGGUGAGAGGUUGUGGUGAUCGAUUUUGCCGGGAAGUGGAGAGGUUAGGACGUUCGAGUUGAAGGAAAGGGGAGCAGGAGAGAGAUGGUGACGAGUGUUCAAGUGGCGGUAGAUGGUGGGUGCAAGCUGGACGUUGGUGGUCAUCAUCAGGAUCCAAGCGUUGUAGUGGGAGAGGUCGGCUUGGGGUGGCGGUGGAUAUGGUGUUUGAGUGUGUGGUGAUGGUGGGUCCUUUGAUGAGGCUGGUGUGGGAGCUGCGUUAAGCUGGCGUCACGUGGUGGUCGUAGCUUGAUUUUCAUUCUGGGUUAUGUUGGCAUUAGCUGCAUGCCGCAUCGUUGGAGGUGGGAUUUAGGAGUGAUGCUUUUGAAGCAUCGCAGUUUUGGUAGAAGAGUUGGAGAGUUGUCGAGAGAACGGGGGGCUUGAGAGCCAGGAUGAGGAGCUUUAGACGCGGGUUGCAAGCUUUCUUGGCUUUGGGACUAGACGUAGGGGUUUCAGAAUUCUAGUCGAGAGAGAGAGAGAGAGAGAGAGAGAGAGCGAGAGCGAGAGAGAGAAAGAGAUUAGGCCGUUUAUUCGGUUCUUUUUGCUUUAUGAUUUGCGGUUUCGUUUGAAUGAGUUGUACGCAAGCAAUCUUUCUCUAUCGGAAUUUGGCUCCCGGUGUAAGCAGGGGAGUGGCCGUGGUAAUUCGAGGAGAGCUUGUCUGGCCAACGUCACGGAAAGCAUACCAUGGGCUGGAGGUUAGGAGGUGCGGGGUAGCUUUUAAACUAUAGGUUUGAUGUUGCUGUAGCAACAAUCGUAGUAAAUGACAGUAGAGUAUGGCACGCCUCGGGGUUGGAGUUCCCUUGAGGAGCGAUUCUGCAAAUUGAUGUGGCACGAGAAGAAUCGAAUCAAAUUUCUGCACAAGCUAAUCGAAGCUGAUGAUGUUUUCUUCUUAAUCAGCAGCUGCAGGUGAUUGCAACCCCACUACAGCUCCAUUGCAACCUUCAGCACGUACCAUGACAGAAUCGUGGAAGGAGCAAACGAUGGAUUCUUCAGGAAAAUAUGUACGCUAUACCAACGAACAAGUGGAAGCCCUGGAGCGGGUGUACCACGAGUGCCCCAAACCCAGUUCCAUUCGGCGUCAUCAGCUUAUCAAGGAGUCGCCUAUCUUGGCGAACAUUGAACCCAAGCAGAUUAAAGUCUGGUUUCAAAAUCGGCGAUGCCGGGAGAAGCAGCGCAAGGAAGCAACAAGGUUGGUCAGUGUCAAUGCGAAGCUUACAGCUCUCAACAAGCUCCUAAUGGAGGAAAACGAGCGUCUUGCGAAACAUGCGUCGCAGCUUACUCUUGAAAAUCAUUCCCUUCGGCAGCAGCUACCGAGUCUGCCCCUGACCAAUGGAACACAUCGUCUCUCAUCUCAGAAUCUAUUAAAGAAGGAAAGGGCAGUGAAUGGUGGAGAUGAGAGCUCUACUCAAGGUGGUAUCUGUGUAAAAUUACAUGGGCAGGCUGGUGUAGCCUCCACGGAUACUAGCUGUGAUUCUGCUGUUACUGGUGGUCUUCCUCAUCAUCUUACUCCGCGACACUCUCCUCGCUACACUAGUCCAGCGGGAUUGUUAGCCACCGCGGAGGAGACCCUUACUGAAUUCCUAGCUAAGGCCACUGGAACGGCAGUGGAUUGGAUUCAGUUACCUGGUAUGAAGCCUGGUCCGGAUGCCAUUGGCAUUAUUGCUAUUUCCCACGGUUGCGUUGGAAUAGCUGCUCGAGCGUGCGGCCUUGUGGCCCUCGAUGCUGGUAAAGUUACAGAAGUUCUCAAAGAUCGCCCAGCUUGGCUUGAAGAUUGUCGACGUAUGGAAGUUCUUGGUGCCCUCCCCACAGGAAAUAGAGGGACUAUAGAAUUGUUGUACACUCAGAUGUACGCCUCGACAACUUUGGCUCCUGCACGGGACUAUUGUACUUUGAGAUACACUACGAUUUUGGAGGACGGAAACCUGGUGAUAUGUGAGCGGUCGUUAACUGGUGGGCAAAAUGGACCCUCCAUGCCACCUGUUCAGUCCUUUGUGAGAGGAGAAAUGUUCCCAAGCGGCUAUCUGAUUCGCCCAUGCGAUGGAGGGGGCUGUAUCAUUCACGUCGUAGAUCAUUAUGACAACGGGCCUUGGAGCGUGCCAGAGGUACUACGCCCUCUGUAUGAAUCGCCGGCUGUACUUGCGCAGCGGUCUACUAUUGCGGCCUUACGGCACUUAAGGCGGCUAGCAGCAGAAGAAAGUGGCGAGGGAAAUCCACGGAACGGACAACAUCCAGCAGUACUUCGCACAUUAGGCCAGCGCCUUGCCAAAGGUUUCAAAAAUGCAGUCAAUGGAUUUGCGGACGAUGGCUGGGUUUCGACAGUCAGCGAUGGUCUGGAUGAUGUUAGUGUCAUCCUCAAUGCAACUUCUCAGUCUAUGGAGGGUCAGAUUGCGUCUGACAAGCUGCUGUAUUCGUUGGGUGGGGGUAUACUCUGUGCAAAAGCCUCCAUGCUAUUACAAAAUGUGCCACCAUCUAUUUUGAUCAAAUUCUUAAGAGAACAUCGGUCAGAAUGGGCUGACUACGACAUGGAUGCAAAUUUGGCAACAUCCUUCCGUAGUAAUGGCAAUGGUUAUGCUCCUCAAGGUGGUGGGGUGUCCCAUGUCCAGCUGCCUUUGCCUUUGCCUAAUUCUGGGGAACAUGGAGAGAUAUUGGAGGUUGUGAAGCUGGAGGAUCACAGCUCUGUGCAGCAUAUGGUUAUUUCACGAGAUUCAUUCCUGCUUCAGCUCUGCAGCGGAAUCGACGAGAACGCAGUUGGGGCCAGUGCUCAAUUGAUCUUCGCUCCCGUGGACGUUGCUUUAACUGAAGAUAUCCCACUUCUGCCGUCGGGUUUCUGUAUUAGUCCCGUUGACGCUAACGUUUUGGACGAGUUUGAUCUUGACCACACGCUUGAUCUUGCCUCUACUCUAGAAGGAGGCAGCGAUUUACGUUUGAAUGGUGAUUCAAAGUCUAAUGGCACCUCGAGCCACAUGCGAUCUGUUCUCACAAUUGCCUUCCAAUUUGCAUACGAGGUGCACAGUCACGAAGCUUGUGCAGUUAUGGCUCGUCAAUAUCUGCGCACGGUAGUUUCAUCUGUUCAGCGGGUAGCGAUGGCUUUAGCCCCGUCCCGAGGAUCUGCUCCGCCCCGUCAAAUGUCUGCUAAUCCAGACGCGCUUUCCUUAGCACGUCAUGUCCUUAGGAGCUACAGGUUGCACUUGGGUCUGGAUCUCACGAGGUCAGAAAACGGAGGAGAUGAAACUUUGUUCAAAGCAUUCUGGCAUCACACGGACGCUAUCUUGUGCUGUGCAUGGAAGGGAAAGCCAGAGUUUGUAUUUGCUAAUCGAUCAGGUCUGGAGAUGUUUGAAACCACGACAAGCUCCUUGCAAGAACUGGAUUGGGACAAGACUCUCAAUGAGAGUGAUUGCAAAUUAUCUUACGCUACGUUCACUCAAGUUUUACAGCAGGGUUACUGCUCCCUUCCAGCGGGGGUACGAAUGUCAAGCUCAGGUCGCACUGCAACAUACGAACGGGCCCUAGUAUGGAAAGUUGUAGACGACAAUGAGACAGUCGAGUGCAUCGCCUUCCUCUUCAUCAACUGGUCAUUUGUAGUUUAACCUGAAAUCAGGCCACCAAUAUUUAGAAGACAGAAAAUCUAAUUCUCUAUUCCAGUUACUCGUUACUGGAGAGUGAACCUUUUUCCCCUCUUCAGGUCUGAUAUGUGAGUAGGGCCUUCUUCAGGCUGGUAAGUAUGUUGUAUGUUAUGGAAACUCGGUUCUUGUUGUUUCUGUAGCAACGUCAGCCUAAGCAAACUGACGUUAGAUGUUGGGUUGAGUGUGAACUGAACAUACUGUUGGUAUUUAUGAAGCUAUCUACACUAAUGAUUAUGCUUCUUCUGUGAGUGAAGCCGAGUCAUCCCCUCGUACUGAGGAAUUUUAUUCUGGAGCUUCCAAAUGUUUACAUGAAUUCACGAAUAUGUAAACCUAGUGUCAGCUUUACAGGUUAGGUACACUUUUGUAGGGUUGAGUAUGAGAGGAUUGGUGUAAUAUAGGGCUCUAAACAACAUCAUCCAGUUUGAUCAUCAUUUUUGUAAUGGAAAGACAGGGAUAUAAAAUGAUUCGUGACAAUAUGAAGAGUUAUUAUUGUA